GGGGAGGGGAGCGGGCGCCGCGGGGCCGCGCUUCCGUCGCGGCGGCUGUGACGCGUGCGGUGGGCGCCGGGCUGUCCGGCGGGCGGGCGGGCGGGCGGUGGGAGAUGGCGGAGUACCUGGCCUCCAUCUUCGGCACCGAGAAGGACAAAGUCAACUGUUCAUUUUAUUUCAAAAUUGGAGCUUGUCGUCAUGGAGACAGAUGUUCUCGGUUGCACAACAAACCAACAUUUAGCCAGACCAUUGCCCUCUUGAACAUUUACCGUAACCCUCAAAACUCUUCCCAGUCUGCUGACGGUUUGCGCUGUGCUGUGAGCGAUGUUGAGAUGCAGGAACAUUAUGAUGAAUUCUUUGAGGAGGUCUUCACAGAAAUGGAAGAAAAAUACGGCGAGGUUGAAGAGAUGAACGUUUGUGAUAACCUUGGAGACCAUCUAGUUGGAAACGUAUACGUAAAGUUUCGCCGUGAAGAAGAUGCCGAAAAGGCUGUGAUUGACCUGAACAAUCGCUGGUUUAAUGGACAGCCCAUUCAUGCUGAGCUUUCACCUGUGACCGACUUCAGAGAGGCCUGUUGCCGUCAAUAUGAAAUGGGGGAGUGUACACGAGGAGGUUUCUGCAACUUCAUGCAUUUGAAGCCCAUUUCUCGAGAGUUGAGACGCGAGUUGUAUGGGCGUCGUCGUAAAAAUGAAGGGCAUCAAGUGACCAACUUAGAACAAAGGAAUGAGUCUGUAAAACAACUGAAGUUAUGGUUCUGUCGGGCAUAUCUGUGGAUGAAUUCAGGACCUGGCAUAGAUCCAGGUCGAGGUCCCGUGAACGUCGGUCUAGAUCCAGAGAUCGUGGUCGUGGAGGUGGUGGUGGAGGAGGAGGAGGACGCGAACGUGAUAGGAGGCGGUCAAGAGAUCGUGAAAGAUCCGGUCGAUUCUGAGCCAUGCCAUUUUUACUGUAUGUCUGCUAGAAAGUGUUGUAGUUUGACCAAACAAGUUCAUAAUGAGAUUUUUUUUAAAGAUGGGCUUCUGAAUAAAAAUUUGUAGUGAUACAGUAU